AUGGAUCUCGACGCCAUCACCGCCGCGAUGACAGCAGUCAGCGUCCCCACCGAGGGUGCGCCUAUUGAUACCAGUGGCAGCAACAGUGAGCCAGAUGGUAGAGCACAGGGUACUUCAGCUAUCGAUUUGAUCGACCGUACCAUGGAAGUACCCAAUAUCACUGGCAAUUAUCCUAAGACCCUCGUUCUCGACAUUGGCGGCCGCAAGUUCAAGGUCUCGCGCGAUACCCUGCAGGCAGAGUCAGGCCUUUUCCGACACCAACUCUCCGGCCGCUUCUCUUGGGAGCCUGAGAUGGACGGCUCGUACUUUCUUGAUGCCGACCCCGAUCUCUUCGAGCACCUAUUGCGCUUUAUGCGCCGCCCCGAGGUACUACCGCUAUUUUAUGAUGCGGCUAAAGGAUUUGACUAUAAUCUGUACAAUCGUCUGGAGGCCGAGUCGCAGUACUUCCAGAUCAACGUGUUGCAUGAGUGGAUCAAGAACAAGAAAUACCUCAACGCUAUCAGAGUCCAAACCUACGACGCGAACAUCCGAGCCAUCGGCGCGAUUGGCCCAGAAUACUUUCCCGCGAACAAGACCGAGGACUGGUAUAUCAUUCAAAAGAAUCAGAAGUCGAAAGGGAGGGACAAAGACACCGAGGACGUCAUGAUUUCAUGGACAUUGUAUCUUACAAAAGCUGAGCUAAUGUCCGCUUCUCCCCGGAUCACGCAAAAGCGAACGGAAGGCAUCUCUAAGAAGUCCCAUACCGAGAUUGAGACCAACUCUACAUCUCUUGGCGCGUCAACCGACGACUGCGCUGGUGUCAAUGGCAUCAGCCCAAAAUGCAGCAGCCAAGAAUCUGCAUACCAGCGAGACUUCUUCUAUAUCGGUGGCGGCUACGUCGACUCCGGCAUUCCGGGCCAACAGAUGUGGAGCGACCAGCUGUAUGUCGAGAAGCUGACGCCCGCCAGCAAGGUCAACAAGCCUUACCCGAUGGUCUUCGUCUCCGCAGGUGUCAACACGGGCGCAGAAUGGCUGAAUACGCCAGACAAUCGGAAGGGAUGGGCUUCCUACUACCUUGAUCAAGGCUACCAGGUCUACAUUGUUGAUAUCGCUGCCAACGGCCGAAGUGGCCAGCAGCUCCUCUCCAAGUACCCUUUACGCCUUGGAUCUACAGACACCAUCAAUGAGCAGGGUUUCACAGCUCCGGAAAACUUCGACCAGUACCCACAAGCAAACUUGCAUACACAGUGGCCUGGAAAUGGAUCUCGUGGAGAUGCAGCUUUUGAUGCCUUCACUGCAGCCAACGUUCCCAUCUCUUCAUCGAACGUGAACGUGGAAAACGCCAUGCGCACAUCUGGCUGUCAGCUUCUCAGCAUGAUCGGCCAGUCAUACACAAUCUGCCACUCAGCCGGCUGUACAUACACGGCUAUCUGGUCGGACGCAUGCCCUGAUCUGCUGCGCGCCAACAUCAACAUCGAGCCUGGCAACAUCCCACACACUUCCCUGAUCGGGAACACGACUGUUGCUGGGGUCGGCCGUACUGCCGCGCGGCCUUGUGGCCUCACAUACACACCGCUGCAAUUCGAUCCGCCAGUAACGAACUGCUCGACCAUUGCUACAACUGAGGUCGGCCCAGAUGACCCUGCCAAGCGCUCCUGCAUUCUGCAGACUGGCACCGUUCACAAGCUGACCCAACUCGGCAAAGUGCCCUACAUCAUGAUCACAGGUGAGGCCAGCCCGCACAUCACGUAUGACCACUGCUUCAUCGAGUACUUCAAGCAGAUGGGCCUCACCAACUACCAGUGGAUCAAGCUUGCCGACAUUGAUAUCAAGGGCAAUGGGCACUUCAUGUUUCUGGAGAAGAACAACCAGGAUAUCGCCGCGGCGAUCAACUAUGGUCUCGGACAAAUGAAUGAAAGCCCAGUUGCUCCGGGUCAUCCCGGCCUUCCUAUCUCUAUGAGAUGA